AUGACGAGUGAGGUUGGUGAGGAGGAUGUGGAGUUGGGGAUAGCUGUGGAGGAGGCAGAGUUGAGGGUGCUGCAGGCAGCGGAGAAGCGACUAUCGAGAGUUGAGGGUGCUGCAGGCAGCGGAGAAACGGCUGUCGAAGUGAGAGUGUGUGGACAAGUCACUUGGGCCUUUGACGAGGAGCAGUUGGGGAUAGCUGUGGCGGAGGCAGAGGUGCGAGUGCUGCGGGCAGCGGAGAAACAAUUGUCGAGUGAGGUGGCAGCAGCAGGCGCCACGAAUCGCAGGGUGCUGCAGCAGUGGGAGCGAAUUAAGGGGUUCAAUGAUGAGCGCAGCAAUAAGUGGGCGGAGUACGAGCUUAUAAGGAGGAUAAACCAGGCCUAUGCGCACAUGUGGUGGAACCUCAGCAAUGGGCAGACUCAGAAGGCCCUGGCAGGACACGCGGCAAAGGCGGGAAGCGCUCUGAUUGGCUCGGUCCGGGCAGCUCGGGACCUGGCCGCUCACGAGGUGACAGCUGGCAUGGCGCUGCCGCCCUCCUGGCUGUGCCGCCCGUUUGUCGAUGCCAUGUCAGCAGCUGCUGACGUGGCAGCUGGCAGUGCUGCCGAGCUGGAACCCGCUGUCGCCAGCAUGGCACGGCAACUCCCCGGGCUGCAGCAGCAGGCAGAGCAGCAACGCCUGGAGGCAACUCACUGGGCUGCAGCAGCAGGCGGAGCAGCAGCAUAUGGAGGUGCUGUCCGACUGGCUGCCGCAGCUGGCACAGCUGCAGGGGCAGUCAAGGCAGCUGGUCGCACGCACUCAGAACGCCUCAGAACUGGUCUCCCAUUGGUGGAAGCAGCCAGCCCUUGGGAUCAUCCCGUGGGUGACAGUGGAAGGGAGGAGCAUGGAGGAAUGGGCAGUGGCAUUAGAGGCGGCUCAGAUGCACGGGGAAAGCAAGGAAGGAGCAUAGAGUGGGCAGUGGCGUUAGAGGCAGCUCAGAUGCACCGGAUAU